AUGCAAUGGCUUCAGAGCUCCAGAUGGACCACUAGCCCAUACUACGCGAUGGUGAUUAUGGUGAUUGCGUGCGGAGGUAUACCAAAAGGUUAUGAUGAAGGAGGCUACAGUGCGAGUGUCAAGCUCGAGUCGUUCAGAAUCGACUUUGACUUGGUGCCCUCACGAUGGGUGGAUAAUCCUCUCGGUCUUACGAAUCGCGUUGCCAAUAUUACCUCCUUCAGCGUCUUGGGUGCAGUGUUCGGUGCACUCCUCGGUCUGGAUCUGAAUGAUCGAUUGGGCCGUUUAACAUCGUGGAGACUCGCCUGCAUCAUCUGGGCAAUUGGAACCGUGAUUCAGCUUUUCUCGUGUGGACUUUAUGGUUUGCUUCUCUUUGCUCGUAUUUUCGGCGGGCUCGGUGCGGGUCUAUUGACGGUCACCUCGCCUAUGUACUUGUCGGAGGUGGCACCGCGAUCCACGCGCGGUCUUGCGGUCAGCAUGUAUAUGGUGGUUCUACUGGCAGUGCUCGCAAUGGGCUUUUUCAUCAACUACGGCGCCAAUCUUCACAUGGCCGUGACUCGCUCCCAGUACCGCUUGGUCCAAGGGAUCCCACUGAUUCCAGUCGGCAUCGCCUUCGUGUUAUCCUUUCUGUGCCCCGAGACUCCUCGGUAUUUGGCGUCAAAGCAGCGCCAUCAGGAGAGCAAAGAGGCAUUGGCUCUCCUACGAGGACGUGUUAUCACCGAUCCCAGCGUCAUACUUGAGUUUGAGCAGAUUGACCAACAGGCUCGGCAGCAGGCCAGCCUCAAGUCGAUCUCGCAUUGGCAUGCUUUCAAGGAGUCACAACUGAACGCUAAUUAUCGUCAGCGCUUCUGGCUUCUGAUGACCAUGCAGACAAUUUCUCAGUGGACCGGCGGGAACGGUAUUACGUUCUACGUGACGAGUAUCUUUGAAUAUGCCGGGAUUUCCGGUGUCGGCCUCUCGCUCAUCUCCUCGGGAGCCUAUGGCAUUGUCAAACUGGUGAUGACGAUCGCUUUCGCCUGGGGUCUAAUCGAUAUAUUUGGUCGUCGUCGUUGCGCUCUCACUGGACUUGCCCUGCAGUUGACAGCCCACAUAUAUAUGGGUAUUUACAUGGGUCUCCAGCCCGGCUCAGCAGGCAACAAGUCGGCUUCAGAUGCAGCCAUUGCAUCCGUGUUCGUGUACGCAGUGGGCUGGUCGAUCGGUCUGUGCACCAUUCCCUAUCUCUACGGCACGGAGAUUUUUCCAACGAGCAUCCGCAAUGUCGCAUACGCUGGCAGCAUGGGCCUUCACUGGGCAUUCCAGUUCGCUGUGGUGCGCGUUACCCCCAACAUGUUUGAAUCCCUCCAAGUUUGGGGUGCUUACCUAUUCUUCGCAAUGAUAUGCACUCUGGGUCUUAUCAUUCUUGGUAUCUGGAUGCCCGAGACUGCCCAAGUUCCGAUUGAACUUGUAGGCGAGCUCUUUGACGGGCCAUGGUAUCUUCGCUGGCGAGCUCGUCCUAAAUAUUGGGAUGCUGUUCCUGAGUCGAACGAGACAGUUGCUCCCGAAGAACCCGAUGGAAAGAAUGACAGAUCCCAGUGGAAGCAAAAAGAGAGCGAAGUCUAA